AAUGCUAUGUUCAACUGUUUACCGAAAAAACAGAUGCGAAUGUAGCGACUCUAUGCGUAGCGGUAUUGGGCGUGUAAAAACAAUUGAAGAACUUAUUUCGAAAUUCGAUACGCAUUUCGUACUGAUCAGUACUGAUACAGUAGACUUAGACAGUAGAGAGACUAAAGAUUAGUGACUUAGAAGAUAAAUAUGGCAGAAGAAGAAGAUAAAAAGAUGGUACUAAAGGAAUUGUCACAAAUACAAGAGCAACAGCAGGUAUUGCAACAAUUACAAUUACUACCGACUACAAUGCAGUCGCUGAUGGAACAACAGCAACAGACACUAAAGGAUGUAUUAAAGUCCUUGACGCAAAUUCAGCUUCAACUGCAGGAACAAUCGAAUUCAUUGCAGUUACAGGUGCAACAGCUACAGAAGCAACAGCAGAAACAAUUGAAUUCAUUGCAGUUACAGGUGCAACAGUUACAGAACAAACAGCAGGAACAAUUCAAUUCAUUGCAAUUACAAGUGCAACAGUUACAGCAGCAACAGCAGAGACAACAACAUCAAGAGCAACAGCAGAUAGAAAAUUAUGAUCACAGUGGACAACGUGGUUGGAGAAAUUAUCGAAGAAAUGGAGGCGGCUAUGUAAAGAUAGUAAAUAUUUAUUCAUAAAUACAAAAGAUACAUACUAUUGAAGAAAUAUUAGACAAGUCGGAGAAAACGUAACUGCAAAAAUAAAAACCUUAUAAUAAAACUAUUAUUUCGUUUUUCAAAUAUGAAAAAAAAUAAAAUAGAAUUUUGAAAAAUAUA